AUUGGCAGCUUUAACGCUCGCCAUUUUCUCUCCAAAUGCAACAAAAGCCAAAAGGUAAAGGAAUGAAGCCACUCAUGUAUCCCUAGAUUCACGCACUGUUGCCUUAUUGUUCCUUCGCUCAAUUCUCCAACUUUCAUACACGAAUUCUUCCUUCUUUUUUAGUCCUGGAGGAUUUGCUUCAUCCCUUGAUCAUCUCAUUUGCUUUGGCUAACCUCCAAUUUCCUACUAAUCAGUAGAUUUCGUGUUGCAAUCAAGUUUUUUCUUGGUUGUUUGCCUUUUCCAUGUAACUAGAUUGUAGACCAGAGCAUCCUUUUGGUUUCAAUGGGCACACAGAAGAUUUGCCUUUGGAAAUCAGGGGUUAGUAGUUGCCAAGGUCACAUUCCUGGCUCAUUAAAAGGUGAGGCGAAGGAAAAGGAAGAUGACCCUCUCUACGGGGCAGACUCGGGUGAUGAUCUGGAUGACUUUGACUUCAAGGGAAUUAGCAGUGAGCUUGGCAUGGUGGAAGGUCAGGUUUGCAGUAUACCAUAUGAACUUUUUGAUCUACCAGAUUUAAGGGAUAUAUUGUCAUUGGACACAUGGAACUCGUGCUUGACAGAUGAAGAACGGUUUUCUUUAUCUGCCUACCUUCCUGAUAUGGAUGAAUGGACCUUUUGGUUGACUAUGAAAGAUCUUUUCAGUGGUAGUGAUAUGUAUUUUGGGAAUCCCAUGGAUACAUUUUUCAAAAGAUUGAAAGGUGGAUUUUAUCCUCCAAAGAUUUCUUGUCUCAGAGAGACCUUACAGUCUCUUGAGAGGAGAAAAUAUUACCAUGCAAUAAGAUCUUAUCAUUACAGAAUGGUUCAAAUGUUCACAGACAUGAGAAGGUUGUGGGAUGAAUGUGAUAUGAGUGCUGGUGUUUCUGAAAGACUAUAUAUGUGGAGAACAAGGAGGAAAUGCGGGGAUGUGAAUGCCGAUUUGCUUGACCUGAAUGCAGUUCCUAAUGAUGAAUAUCUGUUAAAUGAGGAUGUUAAAUCGGAUGCACUCAUGUCCCAUUUACCAAAGAGAAUAAAGACUUGGGAAAGUGUUAAAGAAAAAACCAAUGUUGUCAGUCCAUCUGCCAAUGGCAUGAACUUUAUUGCCCCAAACUGCAGCACAAGGGGUGUUCUGAAGGUUAAAACUACUGGCAAUGCUACUCACAAUCACAACCAAAAGAUGAUUGUAGGUGACAUAUCAGAACAAUGCCGACCAGUACCGAAGGGCCUGUUGAAAGUAGUUCCAAAAGUUCCUUCUGUCCUACCCCAAGUAUCAAAAGUGUUCUCAAGAAGGUCACAGAAGGGAUUGCUUGCGGGUGCCCAAGAUUUACAAGAUCGCACGGUGCCUAAUUCAGCAACACCUACAUACUCGGAAAAUGCAGGCAGCUUUAGUAGGACACCAUUUCUAUGGCAAAAGGUUGCUGGUGGCAAAAUGAACCCUGAGCAAUCUCAAAGUAUGUUAGUUUAUCAGGAUAGUGCUUUAGGAAGCAGUAGAUAUGUACAAAACUCUAGUGAAAAUAGAAGCAAGGAAGUUGGCAUUGCUGAUUCAGGUAAACAUAAAUUGUUCGAACUUGAUGAGGAAAGUGUUAUUGGUUCAAAGAGAUACAAAUUUGGUCAGAAUUUGUGGCAGAACUUAGACAGGGGAAAGAAAGGAUUGUUUUCAUACCCAUUUACUGACCAAUACCAUGAAGGAGAGAGGCAGACCAGAAACUUGCAAAAAGAGUGUGUGACUAUCCUUCCAAGAGUUGCUGAAGCAGUCUCAAGUUCGGGAAUUGAAGGAGGUUUGCAGGAGAAGUUAAUUGUUUUUCCCAGCCAAAUGAAGAACCCGAGUGAUUUUGAAGCUGAAAAUUCAGAGAAGCCAAGUAAACCUAGUGGUUCGGAGAGGCUUAAGUAUGAUCUUACCCUUCCUUUGACGUACAAGCGAAGAAAGUCUCAAGUAAAGAACUCAUCAGGCUUCACCAACUCACUAAUAACCGGUACUGAUAUAAGACCUGGUAAUCCAAAAGAACCAAACCAAGCUUUGGGAGAGAAUGCCAAGGCAUUGAAGAUAAAAUUCAUGGGUUGGGAAAAUAUUCCUUUGAACAGGGAUUCUUGAACAGCGUGUCAAGGACUAGAAUGUUGUUAGCUCCUCCUUUCUAAUAUGAAAACCUGCCACAUCUUGUGGUGAAAUCACUCCUCUGUUAGAGGCUUCGUCUCUAUGUAUAAGUCAGUAUAUAUCUCAGAGAAAAAGCUCUUAUUAUCAAGUCA